GAGCCAACGAACCUUUUGAGAAGUAGACGUUCUCAGGAACUGGAUUGGAGAUGGCUCGACGUAGUGCAGACGAGUGGGCAUGAUAGGUUAACUCCAAAGUCGAUGGGGUCCUUCGGAUGAGGGGAUGACGAGAUAAUAUCAGAGAUGCACGUAGAGGCGGAGGGAUGGAGGACGAUGAGGAGGAUGAGGAGGAGGCGGUAGCUUGGUUUGCAUCGACGGAGGUUGAAGAUGGGGUCGCAAAGUUUCUCUUCCACGCUGCGAGAGCAUCAGUGAUCCUGCGACAAUUCAGUCACAUUGAUAAACUGACCAUAGACUCCAUUUCUGGGUGCGGAGAGGGCGUUUGCUGGUCUUGGAGGCAUUGUCUCGAAGAUGUGAGGCCUAUAAUAGCAGAGCUACUGAUGUACGAAGGUGGGGUUCUGUACAAUUUCGCAGACGAUCAAUCGACGAGGAUUUCCGAAAAAUUUGCUUCCGCGUUUCAGAUCGAAGGAUUAUUUUUUGUAGGUCCAGCCCAGCAACGAGCAUUCAUUCGACAACGACGAGCGACUUACUCGCGAUCGUGUGAGCGAGGACAGAAGCUGGAGCUACGAGAAUCACCAUCAGAGUGCCUUCCUACUCUUGAAAGCAACUCAGCUUUCAGCAGACUCCUCGGUUUUCUGGUACCAUACGUUCCCGCAGAGCCAUCUGCCUUCUGAAAGAGGCUAAUCGACGGGCUCGAGUUGAGAGCACCUUGGCCCGAAGCUUGGGAAAGGUCUCAGAGUUCCUCACCGAGACAAUGCAGACCUCAAUAGCCGGUCCGUCUAGACCGUGUCUUCCGAUCGAGGGCGACAGGUCAACGAAGAUCAAUGUCAGCCUACCUCAAGACUUAGUGCCUUUCAUGAGGCGGUUGACCG